AUGGGUGAGAUGAGCAACGAGUUUGACAGCUCUGCGAUCCUGAAAGAGCAGCGAUUGAAUGCGAAGCUUCGCAUCAGAGGCGCUCGCUGCGAGCUGGUGCCCUACCAGAGAUGGAUGGUGCCCAUCUACCACUCCUGGAUGCAGGACCCCGAGUUGUUGGAGCUCACGGCGUCCGAGCCCCUCAGCCUGGAGGAGGAGUAUGAGAUGCAGCAGUCCUGGCAAGACUCGGAGGACAAGAUCACCUUCAUCUUGCUGGACCCUGACCUCGGCGACACCUUCGAGACUCAGAUGGUGGGGGAUGUGAACGUCUUCUACGUGGCUGAGGAGGAGAGCAGGCCUCCCUCUACCAGCAGGGGGAGAUCGAGGUGA